UCACGCGUCAUUUUAAAUCUCAACGACGCUGAUAGUGGUCAAAAUACGAUCAACUAUUAAAUCGAUAAAUAAAUUAUUGGUGACGUGAUAAAAAUAGAGAUAGAUUUUAAAAAUUUUAGCGAAAUAUUGAAUAGUGAAAUUUAAAUUUUUUGCAAUUCAAGUACUUGCGUAUAUGAGCUAAAAAAAUUCUGAUACUGAAUACCGAAUAUUGAAAUACGUAAGUGCUGUUAUCAGAAGUGACAUCGCAAAUUAUUAUCAACUGUCAGUGGGCAGGAUAUUUAUAGCGUAUUUAUAAAGUGAUUUUAUCGGAUAUUCAGGCAUGGGGAUGAUUAAGUUUUGUUCAAUUGCACUGCUAAUGACUACUGUUAUGACAACCGGCACCGCGAGAUAUAUUCCGGCGAGUAAUUAUAUAUUACUGGAGAAAUUGAUUAAUCAGUACGAUCCGAGUGGUGUUAAUUAUGAUUACGGUGAAGAUGAUCAAGACAACCAGGUGGCUCUAAAGAAAGAUGCGCUGCUUUUGGAAAAAUUAAUGCUGACGUUACAAAAGAAUGCGGAAGAUGACUCUAAUGCGAUCGAGUUACAAGACAGAAAAGAGCUAGCACUCAACGACCCACGGCUACAAAAGUUUAUGAUUAGAAGGAAUAGGUCUGAAAAUCGAAAAACUGGGAUGGAUCUACAACGACGAGGGCGGAUCAAUGGAAGCGUUUACUGGAAAUGUUAUUUCAAUGCAGUAACAUGCUUCUAAUGAAACAAAAACUGAAAACUGACAAAUCUGCGACAAUGUAUCUAAUUAUAUGCGUAUAUAUAUAAACAUUCUUUUAUUGUCCAUCUUUUGAACAAAGUCUGCACAUUUUCGACGCUCUCAUUUCUCAAUCUUCGAAAUUUGCACUUUUUAAAAAUCACACUUAAAUUAAUAAGUUCUCAACUGUACAAAAACUUUGUGACUGUUAAUUAGUUUGUUUAAGUUGUUUAUAAAAUUUGUACAUGUCUGUCUCAAAAUUAAAGUUAGAAUAUUUUAUAGUAA